CACCAGAACGAACUCAGGUUUACACGUAGGCUCAGCGCACUGUCAUCAGACUUCACGCAGAAGCCUCCAGCUCUCUAGGGUUUGCCGGCGGCAGCAGCAGCAGGAGAAGCCUCCAUCUCUCUUCACUCAAAAGCUUUCUAUCUUUCCUUCACCAAACGCUGCGUGUCGGUCAAUUCUACUAGCCUGAAAAAACCUAAAGCUACAUUUCCAAUGGAGGGUGCUGCUGAAGAAGCUGCCAAAGCAAUCUCGGAUUUAUCCAUGGAUGGUUCUUCAUCUGAAACCAUAAGCAAAAAUGCUCGGAAGAAGGAGUUGAAGAUGAAGCAGAGGGAGGAGGAAAAGAAGCGCAAAGAGGAGGAAAAAGUAAAGCAGGCUGCUGCAGUCUCAAGCUCGAAGGUGCAGAAACCCAUGGCUGGUGAUGAUGAAGAUAUGGAUCCAACUCAAUACUUUGAAAAUAGGGUGAAAUAUCUUGCAGCUCAAAAGGCUGCUGGAAAAAAUCCAUAUCCUCACAAAUUCUUUGUUACACUAUCUAUCCUUGAAUACAUAGAGAAAUAUGGAGCCUUAAGCAAUGGGGAUCACCUGGAGGAUGUCACAGUAUCAUUGGCUGGGCGAAUAAUGAGCAAACGGUCAUCCUCUUCAAAGCUAUUUUUUUAUGAUUUGCAUGGUGAUGGUGCUAAAGUUCAAGUUAUGGCCGAUGCAAGGAGCUCGGAUAUGGAUGAGGCUGAAUUUUCUAGGUUCCAUUCUGGUGUGAAGCGGGGUGAUAUUGUUGGUGUCACUGGCUUUCCAGGUCCAGAUAUUACAAUUAUUAAUCAAAUAUAG